CCGCGGCGGCGGGAGGCGGGUCCGAGGGAGCCGCACCCGCCCGGGGCCGGGAGCCGCACGCAGCCACCGUGGGGCGGGCUUGGGAGCGUCGCGCUGGGCUGGGCUGGGCCGGGUAAGGGCGCGCCGCCGGCUGACUCUGAGGUGCGGGGGAUGGACGAGGGUCGCUGCAGCAGCGAGCGGCGACGGGCGGUUCAGAUUGCAGCCUCUCUCUAAGUAUCGGGAAGGAUCUGGAUAAUCUUCAGCCAGACGGACGUUGAAUGUUUAGCAUCAUUACUUCUUUGGAUUUUUGAAUGUGAAUUGGAACCGCUGUAUUUCUAGGAACCAAAUGGGAAAUCUUUUAAAAGUUCUCACUUGCACAGAGCUUGAUCAGGGGCCAAAUUUUUUCCUUGACUUUGAAAAUGCACAGCCCACGGAUGGAGAAAGGGAGGUAUGGAAUCAGAUCAGUGCAGUUUUACAGGACUCAGAAAGUAUGCUUGCAGACCUUCAGGCGUACAAAGGAGCUGGACAAGAAAUUAGAGAUGCAAUACAAAAUCCCAAUGAUAUCCAGUUGCAAGAAAAGGCAUGGAAUUCAGUAUGUCCUCUCGUUGUAAGGCUGAAGCGCUUCUAUGAGUUUUCACUCAGAUUAGAGAAAGCCCUGCAGAGCUUAUUGGAGUCGUUGACGUGCCCGCCUUAUACUCCAACUCAACACCUGGAACGGGAACAGGCUCUAGCGAAAGAGUUUGCUGAAAUCUUACAUUUUACUCUUCGUUUUGAUGAACUUAAGAUGAGAAACCCAGCAAUUCAGAAUGACUUCAGUUACUACAGGCGGACAAUAAGUCGCAACAGAAUAAACAACAUGCAUCUAGACAUUGAGAAUGAAGUUAACAAUGAAAUGGCCAAUAGAAUGUCCCUGUUUUAUGCAGAAGCCACACCAAUGCUGAAAACAAUGAGUAAUGCAACUACAUAUUUUGUAUCAGAAAACAAAACAUUGCCCAUUGAAAAUACAACGGACUGUCUAAGUACUAUGGCUAGUGUUUGUAAAGUCAUGUUGGAAACACCAGAGUACAGGAGUAGAUUCACCAGUGAAGAGACCCUUAUGUUCUGCAUGCGAGUAAUGGUGGGAGUUAUUAUUCUGUAUGACCACGUUCAUCCUGUGGGAGCUUUCUCAAAGACAUCAAAGAUAGAUAUGAAGGGAUGCAUAAAAGUUUUAAAGGAACAACCACCCGACACUGUGGAAGGGCUUCUGAAUGCUCUCAGGUUCACUACGAAACACCUGAAUGAUGAAUCUACUUCAAAACAAAUUCGAGCUAUGCUGCAGUAGUGUCCUGAGACAAGUAGAUGUUUGUAUUGAUCACAGAAGAUGUAUACUACCUGAAUAUGCAAGUACUUUGAAUCAAGAAGCGUGGUGUAACUGAGCUGAGAGAAGACAACAGUUUUGAUGGAGUUUGACACAGGUGCCCAAGCUGCUGAUCACUGUUCAUGUUGGAAAGUUUGAAAUUCUUCAGUUCUUUCAUACUUCCGAAAGUAAAAAGUCUCUCCUCUCUGACCCCAAGAACAAUUUGAAAUGCCAUACUUAAUAAAAAUCAGCUAGUAAAGAC